AUGUCUUCCUACACCACCCGCAAGGUCGCCGCUCCCUACACCCUCGAGCACCGCGUCUACAUCGAGAAGGAUGGCGUGCCCGUGUCGCCCUUCCACGACAUCCCCCUGUUUGCCAACCAGGAGAAGACCAUCCUGAACAUGGUUGUUGAGAUCCCUCGCUGGACCAAUGCCAAGCUUGAGAUCUCCAAGGAGGAGCUCCUCAACCCCAUCAAGCAGGACAUCAAGAAGGGCAAGCUUCGAUACGUCCGCAACUGCUUCCCCCACAAGGGUUACCUGUGGAACUACGGUGCCUUCCCUCAGACCUGGGAGGACCCCAACGUCGUCCACCCCGAGACCAAGGCCAAGGGUGACAACGACCCGCUCGACGUCUGCGAGAUCGGUGAGCUGGUUGGCUACACCGGCCAGGUCAAGCAGGUCAAGGUCCUGGGUGUCAUGGCCCUGCUGGACGAGGAGGAGACUGACUGGAAGGUGAUUGUUAUCGACGUCAACGACCCCCUGGCCUCCAAGCUCAACGACGUCGAGGACGUCGAGCGCCACCUGCCCGGCCUCCUGCGCGCCACCAACGAGUGGUUCCGUAUCUACAAGAUCCCCGACGGAAAGCCCGAGAACCAGUUCGCCUUCACCGGCGAGUGCAAGAACAAGAAGUACGCCAUGGACGUCGUCCACGAGUGUGCUGAGGCCUGGGAGAGGCUGAUCACUGGCAAGACCCCAGCUGGUGGUGUGUCUACCACCAACCUGACCGUCGCCCACUCCCCCAGCCGUGUCGCCCCCGACCAGCUGCCUCCCAUCCCUGCCAACCAGGAGCUGCCCCCCGAGAAGAUCGACGCUUCGAUAGACAAGUGGUUCUUCAUCAGCGGUGCCUCCGCGUAG